AUGGAAUCUCCUUAUUCGCCACCCAUUGUGUGUUUAACAGAUGACGAUGACGACAACGAACUUGAAACGCAUGUCUCAACGUUCAAUUCAGAACCAUUUAUAUAUGAAUACAAUCAUUUUCAUCGGAAACGAAAAUUAUCCGAUGCAAAUGUUCGUGUUAAUUCGUCAAUAGUAAACUGGUCAAAACGGCCAAGAUAUGAUCCUUAUCAUCAAAUAAAUCCUCCCUACAAUGCAACGAAUUACGAAUCCGCCUCAGGAACGCUUCAUUCCAAUGAUUAUUUAUAUUCUGGACCUGAAUCUCAUUCAUUUUCGGCAUUCGAUUGGUCUAGUGGAACACAAUCAACAGCUUCGAGAGCCUAUACAAAUUUCAUUCAUACGCCAUCACGACCGUCGUAUGAAUCGCCACCACCAAUCACUCCGAUACACGUGACAAAACACAUUUUAGAUCAUUCUGAUUCAACUUCACUACUUCCAGUGAUUCAUCAACAAGAUGGAUAUGCUCAUCCGUUUCCAAGAAGAUUUAAAAGCACACCUCUGUCGUGUCGAUCGCCACCGCCAUUACCAUUGCCAUUGCCUACGUCAACAGUUAUUCGACCUACUGCUCAACGUAUUCAACCAGGAAAAGCUAUUUUGACGUCUUAUUUGCAUCACCGAUCACCAUCACCACCACCGUCGCUUCCAUUGUCACGUCAUCAUCAAGCCGAAUUGGUAUUUCAGUCACGUAGUCGUCCACCAUCGCCUUCUGCUUCCCUCGGAACUCCUACAGCUGCACAUGAAAUUCGGCGACAACCGCUCAAUGGUUCCGGCCUUUUAUCAGCAUUCUAUGAUUCCGAAUGCUACCGAUGUAAUAUUUGUAAAUUCAAAAGUGUCUCAAGUUCAAUAAUUCUUCAACAUAUCUUUACGCACAUGUUUUUCUGUUCGCAUUGCUCGUACUACACGCAUUCGCAUCAUAGUCUAUAUCAACAUGUUUAUGAGAAACAUCAAACUAACUUGUAUCACGAUAAAGCCGAUCCCAAAGAUAUUGAUCUGCUCUAUGUUGUUCAAUGUUCGGAUGGGAAAUUCGCAUUGUGCAUGGAUACAUCCACACCGCCAGUACCUUUGUCAUCACAAUUCCCGUCAGUAUCACAAGUGCCUAAACCUAACGAACCAGGUCCAUCAAAAUCCAAAGUUCCUCCGUCUAAACGACGCGCUCCGCGAAAGAAACUCGUCAAAAAAAAGAACGAAGAUGAUGAUAUCGUUGUCUUAUCCGAAAACGUCAAGACAAACUCGGAACCACAUAUAUCAACAGCACGAACACCAGGAACAGCAAGCACUAUGAUCAAAGUUCUACCACGCAAAAAGAAACCAACGCCAACUUAUGUUCUUAUGAAACAUCGACGUUGUUACUCGAUUCGCUAUCCACCGUGCCUUCAUUCAUUGACGUUAGAAUACAAUAUCUGUCGAGAACAUACUAUCCGGCAAAUGUGUCAUACUCAAGGACCACUCAAACGGAACGGAUUUCACUCGAAAUCAACUCCGUUAAGCAUUAUCGAAGCAGUAGCUAAAUGUUUAAAAGCAACUGUUAACGCUAUUAUUGUUACCGAAGAAAACGAAGAAUCACCCAAUCUUGUCUGUGCAUUGCCUCAUACAUCAAUCAGUUCGAUAAUUUCAGCAGAGAACUUCGAUGUGAUAAUCAAAUCAUUAAAAAUCACGAAUAAACACGACUUAUAUGCGAAGCAAAAUGAUAGAUACAAGGCUGAAUAUAGUAUACGAAUGGGAAAUCGACAUCAUUUUAUUCUAUCAUCUGCUGGAAUAACAAAAACUGAUCAAUCGAUAUUUGCGUCGCUACAUUCAUCCAUUACAAGCGAUGAUUCGCCUUACACACGAACAAACUUGGAUAAUUUUAUAAUGCUAAAUGAUAAUACCGAUCGAUUCUUGGCAACACGUCGACCAUUGUCGUCGAAAUUAACGAAGAAAACUGACAAUGGCCCAAAACUAUCGACAAACAAUCCGAGACCGAACAUGCCAGCGGUGAGCAAUCCACUUCAACAGAUGAACUUCGCAGCGAAAGUUUCCCAAGUUGAUCGAAAUAAUAAUUUAAUUACAUCUUCCGAGUCCAAAACAUCUUCCGCAGUUGAUGUGAUAUGCAUUGAUUAG